CUCGGAAGAUGGCAACGGGAGCCGACGCAAGUGGCGGCAAUGCCGUACGCGUGUCACCCCCUUGAUUACUACUCCGCCUCGAUUCUCAGCCCUACAGAACUACACCCUCCAAUACAGAGUGCUUGCCUCAUCGUACGCUUGGCCGUAUCGCACCUCGUAAUCACUCUGCGGACAGCACUGCGAUGCUUAGUGCACCGACCGCGCUGGCUGGUGGCACCGUCUCCCUCUGUUCGGUGAGCCGUUGGUACCUUACAUCGCCGAAACACGGUUCUGACACCGUCCGCAAAACGUUCGGCGGAUUCGAUUCCUGGUUGUGUCACUUCGGUCGAGUCAUCGUGACGGACCCGGUUACGAAAACCAAAAACCACUGGGCUUCGAUGGUCCGUCUUAUGCUUGGAGCACAUGGAUAUCCUGCCAGAUUGAAGGGAUGCGUAUUAGGUCACUCUGUGCAUGCUGACUGUUCGCUUAACGUGGAGAAGAAGAAGAAAGUCCCCUUCGCAUUCGAUUCGCUAAUGGAAACAAGGUCGGGUGAACUCACACAAGCUUACGGGCCAUGGUCUGGUGGCCCCAUAACCCUGCGCCCACCAGAAUGGGAGCUAGCUGGUUCACCCCGUACGGGAGAUUGGGGGCUUUCGAUCCCUAUUGGCUGAGUUCUCGAUCAUGAAGAGUGUGAUACCUCUCUGCAACCAUCCAUCCAUUCGGAUUCCCAGUUGCUCGAGGAACGUUCACACCGGGUUGUACCAUGCAACACCUGUCAGGCCGCAACCGUUUUCGAGGCGGGCCGUCUGGUGGCUCGCUGCCUCCCUCCCGCGAGUCUCAACCCGCCAUUCGGUUCAGGACGAGAUUUGCAUAAGCGCAUAUA